AUGUCCGUGCACCUGGAGAACGACGCCCGCUGGGAGACCAGCCUCCUCGGGCUCCUCUACCGCCAGUUCUUCUAUCGCCCCAAGCCCAUCAAAGCAGACCUCUCCGGCCAGACAGCCAUCAUCACCGGGGCAAACAUAGGCCUGGGCUUUGAGACAAGCCGCCAGCUCCUAGGGCUAGGGCUCUCCCGCCUCAUCCUCGCCGUGCGCUCGCAGGCAAAGGGCAACGCGGCGGCCGCGAAGUUGCGCAAUGAGAACCCGGCCGCAAAGAUCGAGGUCUGGCUGCUGGACAUGAGCUCAUACGCCUCCAUCCACGCGUUCGUCAAGCGGUGUGUUGGAGACGAGCUACAGCGGCUGGACAUAGCGAUCCUUAACGCCGGCGUGCAGAGUUCAAAGCUCACCAAAAACGAGCAGACGGGGUACGAGACGACGUUCCAGGUGAACUACCUGUCAACAGCUCUUCUCUCCAUCUUGUUAUUACCGGUUCUGUGGGAAAAGAGAGCGCCGGGUAAGCCAGGGAGGCUCAGUGUCAUCGGCUCGGAUACGCAGUACUGGGCGAGCGUCGAUCCCGCUGGUGGGCCGAUCCUGCCACGGCUCGCUAACCCGGCCAAGUACGACACCAUGGACCAGUACUCGGCGACCAAGUUCCUCCUCGUAGGAUUCAUCUCGAAGCUGGCUGAGAAUAUCAACCCGGACGGGGUGAUUGUGAAUACGGUGAACCCUGGCUUGACGGCCAGUACCGACAUAGGUAGGGACACGCAGGUGUCACUGCCCUUCCGGAUCUUCGUGGGGAUCACGGGGCGGAGCUUGGAAUGGGGCGCGGAUACCUACGUCGAUGGGGUCGUUGUGCAAGGAAGGGAGAGCCAUGGGUCAUUUGUCAGUGACUGGACCAUCAAGCCGUUUCCUGCGAUUUACUACACUGCAGAGGGUAUUGAGUUUAGGAAUCGACUCUGGGAGGAAACUAUGGAGGAGCUUAACUUUGUGGGGGUAUCCAGCAUUGUUUCCAAGCUGGCACAGUCAAAGUCGUGA